GGUUAUAUUAGAAGGCUGGCGAGGGCGCUCAGUUCAGCUGCCGCGUCUACUUUUACCUUCUAGACUGGAGGCACCGGAUCGGGACCUUGAAAGAGGCGUGGCUUAUGAAUAUUAAUAAACUCUGCCGCGGUUGCCACGGCGAUGUAGUAAUUAUUAAUGAGGCUGCUCGACCAUUGGCGGCCGGGGUCAUGAAUUAUUCAGCAGCCAGCCGUCAGGCGUGAGAAGCUCUGCUGGUUCGGCCGGCAUAGUUUACGCGCGGGCGGGUGGGGGAGGGCGGAGUAAGAGACCGGGGCUGCCAAGAUGGCGACGGAGCGGAGUCGCUCCCCGAUGGGGAGCUCGCCGAUACCGGCCUCCAUGUUCGCCCCAGAGCCCGCCCCGUACAGUGGGGCCGUCGCGGCGGCUUCCAGGCCUCAGUGCGGCGUCCCGGACUCGGACUGCAGCGAAGACGGCGAAGUGCUCAAUGGGGAGCCCGAGCUCGAUCUCACUAGCAAGCUAGUAAUGGUGAGCCCAACAUCAGAACAAUAUGAUAGUUUGCUCCAGCAAAUGUGGGAGAGAAUGGAUGAAGGCUGUGGGGAGACUAUCUAUGUCAUUGGACAAGGAUCAGAUGGGACGGAGUAUGGGCUCAGCGAUGCAGACAUGGAAGCUUCUUAUGCUACAGUGAAGAGCAUGGCAGAGCAAAUAGAUGCGGAUGUGAUCCUCUUGCGGGAGCACCAAGAGGCAGGCGGCAAAGUGCGUGACUAUCUGGUUCGGAAGCGUGUGGGUGACAAUGAUUUCUUGGAGGUCAGGGUAGCAGUGGUUGGCAAUGUGGAUGCUGGAAAGAGCACUCUGUUGGGCGUUCUCACCCACGGUGAGCUGGACAAUGGACGUGGCUUUGCCCGACAAAAGCUUUUCCGCCAUAAGCACGAGAUUGAGUCGGGCCGUACCAGCAGCGUGGGCAAUGACAUCUUGGGCUUUGACAGUGAAGGCAAUGUCGUGAACAAGCCUGACAGCCAUGGUGGAAGUUUGGAAUGGACAAAGAUCUGUGAGAAAUCAACAAAGGUCAUAACUUUCAUUGACCUGGCUGGGCACGAGAAGUACCUGAAGACUACAGUCUUUGGCAUGACCGGGCACUUACCUGAUUUUUGCAUGCUAAUGGUUGGCAGCAAUGCUGGAAUAGUUGGGAUGACCAAAGAGCACCUGGGCUUGGCACUAGCACUCAAUGUUCCCGUUUUUGUGGUGGUGACCAAGAUUGACAUGUGUCCUGCCAAUAUUCUGCAAGAAACUCUGAAGCUAUUGCAGAGACUUCUGAAGUCCCCAGGAUGCAGGAAGAUCCCUGUCCUGGUCCAGAGCAAGGAUGAUGUCAUUGUUACAGCCUCCAACUUCAGUUCUGAAAGGAUGUGCCCAAUAUUCCAGAUUUCCAAUGUCACUGGUGAGAACCUGGAAUUGCUUAAGAUGUUCCUCAAUCUUCUGUCUCCACGAACCAGUUACAGGGAAGAAGAGCCUGCAGAAUUCCAGAUAGAUGACACUUAUUCUGUUCCAGGUGUUGGGACAGUGGUGUCUGGAACGACCCUAAGAGGCCUGAUCAAGUUGAAUGACACCUUGCUCCUGGGUCCAGAUCCACUGGGUAACUUCUUACCCAUUGCUGUGAAGUCCAUUCAUCGCAAACGCAUGCCAGUCAAAGAGGUGCGAGGAGGCCAAACCGCCUCCUUUGCUCUGAAAAAGAUCAAACGCUCCUCUAUCCGGAAAGGCAUGGUGAUGGUGUCUCCUCGGCUAAAUCCUCAGGCUUCUUGGGAAUUUGAAGCAGAAAUUUUGGUACUGCAUCAUCCAACCACCAUCAGUCCACGUUAUCAGGCAAUGGUGCAUUGUGGCAGCAUCCGCCAGACAGCCACUAUCCUCAGCAUGGACAAAGACUGUCUACGCACAGGAGAUAAGGCCACAGUUCACUUCCGUUUCAUCAAGACUCCAGAGUACUUGCACAUAGACCAGCGGCUGGUCUUCCGUGAAGGACGCACCAAAGCUGUGGGUACAAUCACAAAGUUACUCCAGACCACAAACAACUCUCCAAUGAACUCCAAGCCCCAGCAAAUCAAGAUGCAGUCAACAAAAAAAGGACCCCUGACGAAGCGAGAGGAGGGGGGAGCCCAGGCUGGCAUGACAGCAGGGAGUCCCACCGUGGCAGAUGAAGCCGUUUCGGCGGGAGCAGCCCCCACAACUCCUUCCAGCACCCAACAACUGCAGCCUGCACUGGAUGAAGAGCCUCCCAACCGGGAGGGCAAUAAGGCAAAGGCUGGAGGAGGAGGCAGGCGACGUGGAGGCCAACGCCAUAAAGUGAAGUCUCAGGGAGCUAUUUUGACUCCUGCGGGUGGCUGCUGAACACCUUUUUAUUCACGAAGGAAUUCAUCCCUCCCCACCGUUUCUUAAAAUCCAAAAAACCCAGAGCAGCAUAACCAAAAUCCAUCCCAGCCGGUCUGCUGCCUUGGGCUUGCUUUCCCCUCUCAUGGAGGGGGAGUGACUGGGAACGAGGGGUUUGCAACUUAAGCUAGCCAAGGCGACAAAAGCACACAUGGGACUGACCAGCUGCUGCCACCUCCCUCUGCCCCCAAACAUUUUGUACAUCGUGAGCUCUUGGUCAUGGUUUGUAUUAGUUUUUAUAUGGGUGUGUGUGUGUGUGUGUAUGAGGCAUUGGGAGAAUACAGAUAUACAGAAUAAGGCGCCUGCCUCCUGUCCCCCACCCCCCAUCCUUUUUUUAACUUACCCUGUGUCUGUGAUCAAUCCCAGGCCUUGGAGAGUAAGAAUGUGCAAGUUGCUUGGGAAGAGGCAGCCCUUCCUCCCCUCUGGCAGGUGGUGCCAAAUCAGUGCUAGGCCUUCCCUCUUGUCGUGGAGCAGUGAUUGCAGUGGCUGUUUAGCAUGAAGGGAACCCGGGCCUCCAACCAGCAGCUCCCCAAAGGAUGGAUUCCCAUUAGAUCUUGUAUCACUCAUAGACUUGCUUAAGAAGCUGGUGGUGGUGGUAGCCACAAAAGCACUCUUUGCUCCUUCCUGAAGGUAAGGCAGGUGGAUGUGGGAACUUCAGUUUGAGGCAGGAGAGUUUAUUUCAAACCCUUCUUGUUGGUUCUUGUUGUUAAGAGCUGAUAGCUUAUAGAGCCAGUCGCAGGUGCCCCCAUGUUCUGGUUUUGGGAACCAGCAACAUGGCAUUCAAAUUGGGGUGGGGAGGUGGAAGGAGCUGGCAUUUUCUUGUUCUGCUUCAUCCCCAAGGUUUCUAGACCCUUGAUGGCCAGAGCAGAGAUCAGACACUGUUUAUGGUGUCUGCUCCUGCCUGCGCAUACAUGCAAUGCAAGAAUGUGAUGCUCUUUUCACAUGAAUGCUCUCUGCCGCUUCCCUCAUCACCAGCCUUUUCUCCACAUCUUAACUGUGGCAUGAUGGUAAUGGGGACUUGGGGCUGUCUCUUCAAAAACAGGCAGGAGUUAACUGGAACCAGCAUUGAGCUGGACUUUCAAAUUAGGACACAUGGUUGGAUUUUAUAAUUUUGAUAGAAGACAUUUGCAGCUUCUUUUCAAGAUAAUCAUUCUGAAUUGAUGUGCUAUUUUUAAACCAACAUCAUGGGUUUUAUUAAAAAAAAAAAACCAGUUCUCUGGUUUGUAAUGUUUUAUCUCCCCCACCCCAUGUUGCUGUCUCAAACUUUCUUCACCUUAACCAUGUUUUGAGUAAUUGAGUUCCUUGGAAAUUAAAAGAGCAUUGGGGAACA